UGCUCUCUCAACCACAAGCCUCACAACAUCAGCAGCCUUUUCUUCACUCCUGCUCCGCUAAAUCUAAACAUGUCCUGGACUCAACCUGCUCUUCUCACCUGUCUGCUUGUUUUGUUCGCCAUCACCUUAUUCGAAGGAGCCGACGGUGCUGUAUCUGAUAAGAAGGAUGCUGUCAAUCCUCAAGGUGCACUGAGGAAGAUCUUCAUGCCAGAAGCAGACGCCGCCAGCUUCUUCAAACGGAGGGGCAGGAGAGCUGUGAAAACCCAAGAUGAGAUAAACGCUGAACAGAGACAGAGACUGGCCGCAGAUGAGAGAAGAAGGGAGUAUCACGAGGAACAGAGGAAUAAAUAUGAGAAUUACGCUGAAGAAGAAAAUGACGAGCAAGACGAGCGCACCAGAGAGAAGACCGAGCAGUGGAGAGAGUUUCACUAUGACGGUCUGGACCCGUCAUACGAAUAUAACCGACACACCAUCUAAAACAGCAGGAAAACUACAUCUAGAACAGCGGGAAAACUACAAAAACACGGGUAGAGAGCUUAAUAGUAGUCUAUAUACUUCACAGCAUAUUUCUGUGAAGGUUUUUAAUGUACAAUGUGCACAUGCAAGCAGAAAAUAUCAAUAAUAUAAUCAUGCAUGAAAAACAUGUAAUCGUUGUAUCAUAGUUCUU